UUGUUGUCUUUUCUUUUUUUUUCUUUUUUUUACCAGGAAGAAGGUUGAAAAGGGAACGUGUCGAUGGGGCAUAAAUUAUGACUUGAAUAUGGCUGACCAGGGUCCGCUUUUAACAUCGUGCAUCAUCUUUUAUUUGUCUAUUGGGGCUGCGAUAUUCCAAAUUCUCGAGGAGCCCAACUGGGAAAUGGCCAGGAUUAAGUAUUCUCUCCAAAAAGAACAGGUUUUGAAGAAGUACCCAUGCCUUGGGAAAGAAGAUCUGGAAGAAAUUCUGAAGGUAGUUUCAGAGGCUGCAGGCCAAGGAGUGCUGAUCACUGGGGACAAACAUCACAACAUGUGGGACUGGGGGAACUCUGUCAUCUUUGCAGCGACUAUUGUCACAACAAUAGGUUAUGGUAAUGUCGCCCCAAAAACUAAAGGGGGUCGAGUGUUCUGCAUCCUUUAUGGUCUGUGCGGCAUUCCACUGUGUCUGGUAUGGCUAAGUAAGCUGGGUUCAUUUUUUGGAGACAGGGCAAAGCGUCUGUCCGAAAUUCUCAUCCGCAAAAAUGUGCCAGUGAAACGUGUUCAGCUUAUUUGCACAGCUAUUUUCCUGUUAUGGGGGCUCUUUGUGCAUCUGGUGAUCCCUCCACUUGUUUUCAUGUCCCUGGAAGGAUGGAGCUACUUAGAAGGCCUCUAUUUUUCUUUCAUCACCCUUACAACUGUCGGCUUUGGAGAUUACGUGGCAGGUGUGAAUCCAAACAUUGAAUAUCCGAGGUUAUACAGGGUGUUUGCAGAGAUUUGGAUCUACAUGGGUCUGGCAUGGCUGUCUCUAUUCUUCAGCUGGAAUGUAAACAUGGUCGUGGAAGCUCACAAGGUGUUUAAGAGAAGACGAAACAAACGGCGGCCAUUCUACGAUGACGAACCUCAGCCUGAAGAGGACACCCCGAAGUCAGACGCGAAGAGGCCGACCGCUAUUGAUAUUUUUAGCUUCCUAUCAGAAAAAGAGGAAGACUACAGUACUGUUAUCAAGGAAAUUGGAUUGCAAGCAAAACCAAGUGCCAAAGACGUUUUCAACCGGUCCAAGAGCUGCAGUGACAUCGUAACCACUAACAUAGAGACGCUGGAUCACUCGCCACGACACAGAUGCCUGAAAAGCAUUAGUGAAGUAUUCAUAAACCCAAAGGGCGAUGAUUGCCGACAAAACUCUACAACAACAGAACCAGCAGAGUGUGUGAAAGCCGAAGAGGGACUCAAUGAAGUUAACAAAACGAAUGAUUCAUCAAUUGAAGGCAUUAUAUUUACUGUGCCAACUUCAGGAAGCACACAGGGAAAAACUGUGGAGCCAAGUGAUUGUUUUAAUCGGUUUAAAAUUUCUAAAGUAGAAGAAGAAGAUGCAUUACUUAAUCAGGAUGAAAAGGGGUAAAAUUAAUUUACAGUGGUAUGAAAAAGUAUCUGAACCUUUUGGAAUUUCUCACAUUUCACCAUAAAAUCACCAUCAAAUGUGAUCUGAUCUUUGUCAAAAUUGCACAGAUGUAAAAACAGUGUCUGCUUUAACUAAAACCACCCAAACAUUCAUAGGUUUUCAUAUUUUAAUGAGGAUAGCAUGCCAUGCAAACAAUGACAGAAGGGGGAAAAAUAAGUAAGUGAACCCUCUGCCUAAGGAGACUUCAAGAGCAAUUGAAACCAAUUUUUACCAAACAAUUUAAGUCAGGUGUGUGCCCAAUCACUGAUGAGUGGUUUAAAGCUGCCCGGCCCACUAUAAAACACACACCUGGUAAGCAUUGUCUGAUGUGCAUCAUCGCUCGGUCAAAAAAGCUGUCUGAAGACCUGCGAUCAAGAAUUGUAGAUUUGUAGCUGGGAAAGGACACAAAACCAUCUGUAGAAGUCUAAAUGUUCUUCAAUCGACAGUCAGAGAAGUUGUCUACAAAUGGAGAGAGUUUGGCACUGUUGCUUUUCUCCCAAGGAGCGGUCGUCCAUCAAAGAUGACGCCAAGAGUUCAACGCAGAAUACUCAGAGAGGUAAAAACUAACCCUAAAGUGUCUGCUAAAGACUUACAGAAAUCACUGGUCUAUGGGACACAUCAACUUUUUGUAAAAUUAUGGCCAAGAAUGGUAUUCAUGGGAGGAAGCCACUGCUGUCUAACAAAAAACUUUGAUGCUCGUUUGACGUUUGCAAAAAGGCACUUGGACACUCCACAGAAGUUUUGGCAAAAUAUUUUGUGGACUGAUGAAACCAAAGUUGAAUUGUUUGGGAGAAACACACAACGUCAUUUGUGGAGGAAAAAUGGAACAGCUCACCAACGUCAACACCUCAUCCCCACCAUGAUGCAUGGUGGAGGGAGCAUCAUGAUAUGGGGCUGUUUGUACUGCCUCAGAGCCUGGACAACGUGCAAUCAUUAAUGGAAGAAUGAAUCCAAAAGUUUAUCAGGAUGUUUUGCAGGAAAACCUGAGGCCAUCUGUCAGACAGUUGAAGCUAAAAAGAGGAUGGAUGCUGCAACAAAAAAAUGAUCCAAAACACAAAAGUAAAUCAACUUCAGAAUGGUUUCUAAAGAACAAAAUACACCUUGUGGAGUGGCCAAGAAAAAGUCCAGACUUGAACCUUGUUGAGAUGCUGUGGCAUGGCCUAAAGACAGCGAUUCAUGCUAGACAUCCCAGGAAUCUUACUGAAAUACAGCAGUUUUGUAGAGAAGAAUGGGCCAAGAUUAGUACUGAUCGAUGUGUCAGACUGAUCAACAACUACAGGAAGUGUCUCGUUGAAGUUAUUCCUGCCAAAGAGGGGGAGGGGGCCACAAAAUAUUAAAUGUGAUGGUUAAUUUAUUUUUUCCCCCUUCUGUCAUUGUUUGCAUACUAUCCUCAUUAAAAUAUGAAAACCUAUAAAUGUUUGGAUGGUUUUAGUUAAAGCAGACACUUUUUUCAUCCAUGUGAUUUUGACAAAGAUCAGCUCACAUUUGAUGGGAUUUUAUGCAGAAAUGCGAGAAAUUCCAAAAAGUUCAGAUACUUUUUCCGUACCACUGUAUAAAUACAUUGAAAUUUUCUGCAAAAUCUGGGACAAUAAUGCACUAUUUGGACUAAAGUAUCAAUACAUUUCAUUGCCAAGUAAUUCAUAGGACUUUAAUUGCAAUCACACUUUAUUUGCUUUUUCUUUAUUUGGUAUUUGCAAAUCAUUUGGCAAAUCCGUAACCAGUGUUUGUAAAAUACAUGUUUAAAGGCAGAAUUAAAUUCAUACAUGUAAUUGUUGAAAUUUCCAUUUAUUAAAUUAUUUGCCUCAAUUUAUGAUUGAAUGACUUCAGUCUUCACCCUAAUCUAAAUCACAGCAUAAAGUUUUAUGAAACACAGUUCCAAUUAAUAGUUUUCUUCCAUAGACGGUAGCAACAGAUGAGCCCAUAAUCACAUGACCAUCAUCGGCGUACACCUGCGUAACUACUGGUUCUUCCGAGAGAAUGUUCUGGAUGCGGAUGACCUAAGGAAUAGUGGGAAAUAUGUACAUAUAUAAAAAUAGGGAAUUGUAUAUGAAUCCCGACAAGUCACAAUAGUUUUCUAAAAAUGAGCCAAACCUCUGAUCCAGGUGGAUUUUUUGGGUCAAACUGGAACAUUUUCCAUAUGUUAGGGAGGGAACCUAACCACAGGUCACCUGUUUUCGGGUCGACUUCGAUAUUGUCACAAAAUGAACCCACAGACACAGACUGGAAUUGUAGAAGAUAAAAGUAGAAUUUAAAAAUAAUAUAUAUGAUUGUUAUUCACAAGGUAUUACACAAUUAUUUAUUUACAUCAUUUUAAACAAAAUCAUUCAACAAACAUCUGUCAAAAUACAUAAAUACUAAUAUUUUUUUAGUCAUUUACCUUCACAGAAACCAAUGCAUUGUCGGUUUUCCGCUCCAAUACAUGUACUUUAUGAUCAAGUAUAUCCGCCACAUAUAUAUGCCUAUUAAGGAGGAAGGGGGGAUAGUAAUGAUAUAUUGUAUUAAUUUCAUAAUUUUUCAACACACAUAGAACCAAGGGUGUAGGUUUGGUCUUAAUAUUGGUAGAGACGAUAUAACAGCAUAACAUAACAGCAUUUGAGUGUUAAAGGCUAGUUAACAGAUUAAUGCGUCAGAUUCUUCCACUUACCUUAAGUAAAUGUUACUAUUUGUUCGUAUUGAGCCCAUACAUCUAAAAGUUGGUAAUUAUUCACCUAAAUCAAGAAAAAAAAUCUUUCAAAUAAUGUUUUGAACAAUAUUCUUGAAUUGAGAACAUUUCUGUUUUUCAUUUUAGAUUAAAUAUACAAAAUUUUGCUUAAAAUAAGUCUGUUAAGCUUAUUUUCAGCUAGCUGUUUUUCUUAUUUCAAGAAAUCUCAGCGAGUAAAUUCGACUUGAAGCACUGUAGUAGUAGCAAAAUUAGUGGAGUGUUCCCAACCUCCACAACAUUGACAUCUUUUUACAUUACUUACAGUGGCUGCUUCUGGUGGAAAAUAACUUCUAA